UUUAAUAAUAAUAGCCGAGAGAGAAGAAGGGGAAAAUUGGGGAAGAGGAAGACGAAACGGUAGCGCAGCGAAGGUUCGAUCCAUCGCCGUGGACGCAUCGGCACCGCCGCCGCCGCAUUUGUUUUUCUUCACCGCCCUGACCUAAUCCUCCGUCCGCCGCCGCAGCAGCUCCGGCGAGCCUCGAUGGCGUCGACUCCGAAGGCAGACGGAUCGGACAAUGUCAUCGCCGCGGCGCGCCACAUCGUGAGGAGCCUCGCCACCACCUCCGAGGCUGCCGACGACAUGAUGCGCAUCCUCUCUGCCUUCGACCACCGCCUCUCCACCGUGCCUGGCCUCUUCUCGUCCUUCCCCUCCGGGGACGAGGAGGACGCAUCUGGAUCGCCCGUCAACGAGGUGGAGCCGCCCUCUUCCUGCGCUGAGCCUUCCGAGAAGGAGGCCCGACUUAAGGCCGCUGAGAGGGUUAUUCUCCAUUGGGACCCCUCGAGGCCGGACUCCCUUCUCUGGGACUCACCUGAAACCGCCGCCGAUUACCUCGCCGCCGUUGACGAGGUCAUCGCCCUCGCGGAGGUUGAUUCUUUGGAUGGCGCCGAGGAGACUCUCCAGAUCGCAAUUGCCCGCCUGGGCGACGAGUUCCGUAACCUGAUGAUCCAGAACGCGGAUGUCCUCGACUCAGAGAACCUCCAGGAGUCCAUCAAAAGGCUUUCCAUUUCCUUCAGAUCCGCUUCCGCUAACUCUGCUCCAGAGGACGUAGGAGAGUCUCCUCCGCCGGAUCAGCCCUUGGCGACGCGGGUCAACACGAUGUACCUCUCGGACGAGCAGAUCUUCAAGUUGAUCUGCCCUGAAGGCAUCUCCGACCUUAAAGAUAUCGCGGACCGGAUGAUCAAGGCUGGGUACCGGAUUGACCUCUGCCGGGUUUAUACCAGCAUCCGCUGUAAUAUCCUGGGCGAUUGCCUUUCCCUUCUUGGAGCUGGCGCGGUCACCAACAAAGAGGUGUGGAGCAUGGAGUGGACAGCUCUCGAUCACAAGAUGAAGAUGUGGAUCCAAGCCGUGAAACUAUCAAUUGGGGUCAUGUCAGCUGAGAGGCAGCUGUGCCAGCAGAUCAUUGCUGCUUCAGAUGACCUGAGGGAAGAGUGCUUUGAUGAGGUUGCAAAGUUCUGUGUCACGCAGUUGCUCAAAUUUGGGGAUGCAAUAGCUGAAGGGCAGAGGUCCACGGAGAGGCUUUUCCGUAUGCUCGACAUGUAUGAGGCUCUAGCUGGAGUGUUGCCGGAUAUCCAGGCCCUUUUCUUGGGUGAUUCUAAGGAUUAUAUCUGGGAGGAGAUUCAAAGCGUUCUUAGUCGAUUAGGGGAAACAAUUAAGAACACCCUGGCAGAGUUUGGCAAUAUGAUUCAGGGAGAUAUGUCAAAGAAAGCAUUACCAGGUGGUGAGAUCCAUCCACUCAACAGGUAUGUUAUGAAUUACGUCAGAUUGCUUGCGGAAUAUAGCACCUUGCUCAAUCAACUUCUUGAGGAUGGUAGUUUCAAUGGACAAGAUAGCUCAGAAGGGGGUGAGAGCAUGACUCCAUUGGCUCACCGAGUGCUCUUGCUUAUAUCUUACCUGGAAGCAAAUCUGGAGGAGAAAUCCAAACUUUAUGAGGAUGCUGGAAUGCAAAAUGUGUUUCUGAUGAACAAUGUGCUUUACAUUGUUAAUAAGGUUAAGGAAUCUGAUCUGAUGUCCCUCUUAGGUGAUAAUUGGGUCCGUAGGCGGAGGGGGCAGAUCCGACGAUACUCUACACAAUACUUAAGAGCUUCUUGGACUAAAGUCUUGUCUUGUUUGAAGGAAGAGGGGUUGUCUGGGAGCUCCCAUGGGUUCUCCAAGACAGUUCUCAGAGAAAAAUUUAAGAGCUUUAAUCUGGCUUUUGAAGAAGUAUAUAAGAUUCAAUCAGAAUGGAAAGUUUCAGAUCCGCAGCUACGACAGGAAUUGAGAAUCUCAAUAUCGGAACAGGUCCUUCCAGCUUACCGUGCAUUUCUUGGGAGGUUUGGCCCGCAUUUACAAGGUGGAUGGCAUUCAGGAAAGUACAUCAAAUACACAGUGGAGGAUCUGGAGAGGUGCUUGGAGGAUUUCUUUGAAGGGCUGCCUCUGCCAUCAAGUUAUUUUAGGAGAAAACUUAGCCUGCCUUAGUGGAUUCUGUACAGUGGAGGGGCCCACCCCGUAGAGGGUCAUUGCCAUGGUGGAGGUCAAAGCCAAGACGGUCAACACCCCUGUAUCACCGGUCGGUCGGGCGGCCCACUCGCUUGAUCGGGAUAAAGAUGGCCCGAUCCGAUAUCAUCACAGCUCGGCCCUGCACUGGGCUUCUGACGCUCAAGAUCGGGAUCAAGUAUCGCCGAGACACACGCCGAGCGGCAAGCCCAUUCGGACUUACAUCAAGUCUCGAAACUAGCAAAGCUGAACCACGACUGAGCAGACAACAUUCAAACACGGCUUUCCGCUCGGCAUAACAAUGGAGCCCAGACAGUGGAAUAUUGGCCGAGCGGCUAUCCCGCUCGGCUCAAGGACAAAGCGGCACUCGGACGGAUGAAGGAUAGCAGAGCGGCUCUCCCGCUCGGCCCAGUAGCAGACAAUAGGAGGAUCUGUCAAUAUCCUUCUGGGAACUAGUGCCACCGUCAGGUAGCAUGACUGACGGUAUGAUCAGGCAGAAGAUCGUACGGCGGAAGCUUCCACUGUCAUGGUAGAGAUAUGCUAGGGUCAUAAUAUGGUGUCAGAGAUACUUUCUUGACAUGUCUUUUUAGAAAAAGCUGUGAGAAGCGUGCACGCGCGCUCCCGGAGCCCUAUAUAAAGGGCCUCAAGCUUUAACGGAGGUAUGCAAGUUUUAUUAUAGCCACACUGCUACUCUGCUUCUUUUGCUCCGCUUCUUUGCUUCCCUGCAUCCACACCACCGGUGAUUGACUUGAGCGUCGGAGGGCUACUGCCGGAGAACCCCUCCUUGGCUCGGCACUAACGUUUUGUGGUUGCAGGUUCACCUCAUUCGGAGUCAACACGCGGUCAACAGGAGCGCCACACCCCCAACAUCCAUUGUCUCGAUUUUCGGACAGGAUCAAGGUAGUUGGUGAAGAAGUGAUCUUUGUUUUGCUGCUAAAUUGGAUAGAACAGGCUCUGUCGAUCUGUCAAAAGACAUCAGAAGUUUUCCUUUGAGACCUCUCUGCUGAUGAGUUGCUUCCAUUUGUUUGGGAUGUGUGAACUUGUGUUUUGUUAAGUAUUGUUGCCCUUUUAUAGACGGCUUUGUGGUACCUAUCACCAUCUCCACCCAGGAGAGGAGCAUAUCUAUAUUUCAUGCAUUUUUCUGAUACUGGAGAACAUCCAAGAAGAUGCCUAGUUUUUUUUUGGUUGAUUCUUUGUUAUGCAUGACCCCUAAAUCUUGUUAGUUGUUACUUUGUGUUUGGAUCUACUCAAAUUAUAGAUUAGUUAUUUAACUUGAAGAUCGCUUUUCAUUUAGUAACGGUAAGAUUGGUUGUAAUCAGAAGACUGAGACUGCAUAGUUGAUAAGUUUCUUGUUUAGCUGUCAAUUAGAAAUAUCUAUAACUCUGGAAAAUGUCAAGUAGAAUAAAGCGCAAGCAAGUCUUCUUUAUUUUCUGGAGAAGAUCUGUUUGUUCCAUGAAUGAGCUUUCUGCUUGCUAAAGUGUGGUUGGCCAGGAUCCAUCCAAUCACCAUUAAUAUUCCAUUCCAUGUUGUGAAAUCUUCUUUUGUAUCUUCAUAAAUGCUAAUGGAAGCAGAUUUAAGUUCUUAUAGAUUUAAGUUUUUCCUCUAAUGUGAAAUUGGAUUAUUUGCUCUGGAUGUGCUUGUGACUUGAUUAGGUGGCUCAAGGAGGAAAGAAAAACAGCAGUGGAAAUAGAAGCUUGAGUUCAUUAAGGUGGCACAAGAUAAAAGGCAAAAAAAAAAAAAUGGUAUGUUGAUUGAGCUACAGCCUUUUUUUCCCUGCCCAGGGAUGAUGCACUUAUGAUUGAGCUACAACUUGGAGAAGUGGUGUGGUCUUAAGGAGGCAUUUCCCCCUCCUCUUUUGAUGAUAAUUAAUCGAGGUGUUUGGACUUUACGUGACUAAUCCUGAAGACAUACACUUUUCUCUUGUGGUUUACCUAUCUGAUAAAUCCGGAACACUUUUUUUUUUUCUACCGAAGGAUGGUGCACUUAUGAUUGAGCUACAACUUGGAGAAGUGUGGUCUUAA